AUGACCGGAUUUUACAAGAUGAACCUAUUGGAACAAAGCGACUUUUUCGUCAACAGUAAAUUUAGUUUCGUCAUUAUCUUAGUAGUGACAGCUUCAGUAGCAGCAGGUGGUAAAGAGACAACUUCAGGAAAUACACCGAUUCGAUCAGUUAUAUGGGACGUUGAGCGACCCAUUGCAAAAUCUACUGAUUGCUCGUUAAUCAACCAAGAUAGCCAGCUUAAUAUAACUUUAGAUACCAUUAAGAAAUUUACUUUGACAGAAUUUGCUUUAAUUAAAAUACCUGCAGGUGUCAACUUUAAAACACUAUUAACACUACGGUGA